AUGGGAAGUGGGCUAUGGCCGGGAUUCACGCCGACACUGGAACCAGCGCUUGCGAAGCUAAUCGAUUACAUAUACCCAAGCGGCAACGAGGAAGAUAUCUCGGCGCCGUACUUCUAUGAACACCUACCGAGACCGCCGGUAGAGCCUUCACCAAAUGAUGCACGGCUACAAGAUCCAAGACUUGACUCGACAAUGCUGCCGUAUCAGCGACGUGCGGCGAUGUGGAUGUUGCAGAGGGAAGGUAAAGAUAUGCAGCAGGGAUCAGAUCAGUUGGUGGACUAUGAUUCCAAGUCUGGGUUGCAUCCGAUGUGGGUGGAAGAGGUGGAUGCGAAUGGACAGAAGAUCUUCGUCAACCGACCAUAUGGUUUGGUUUGCAAGGAUGAGAGUGUUUUGGGGGAUGGACAUCCGCCUCUCAAGGGAGGUCUGCUGGCGGAGGAAAUGGGACUGGGAAAGACAUUGGAGAUUAUUUCUCUGAUUCUACUGCAUCAGUGUUGUUCGACGCCGAAUGAGAGCGUGUACGAUGUAUGGAGUGACGCGACUGUUACAUCUACCAAAGCAACUUUGGUCAUCACCCCUCCUUCAAUUCUAAAUCAAUGGUUAAGCGAGUGCCAAAAACACGCGCCGUCACUAAAAAUCGGCGUCUACGAUGGCAUAAAGCGGCUGGGUGGGUAUAUCAGGCCGGAACACCUUUUAGAUUACGACGUCGUUCUAACCACCUACGACGUGUUGAAAACCGAGAUCCACUUCGCUGCACCAGCAUCUCAGCGAAGUUUACGACCCGGCCGACCAAAGGAGCGUGGGGAAUCACCACUGCUGAAGCUGAUGUGGUGGCGAGUAUGUCUUGAUGAGUCCCAGAUGGUCGAGAACAAAGGCACAAACGCGUCUCGCAUGGCAUGUAUGAUCCCACGCGUGAACGCAUGGGCGGUCAGCGGAACGCCGAUGAGGAGUUCUGCGUCGGACGUGCUAGGGUUAUUGACCUUCUUGCGGUAUUACCCCUUCAACCAGAAUCCGCCUGCCUGGAACGCGUUCGUUCACCGCCCGAAUUGUGGACCGGAUUUCAUGUCCAUUUUUGGGAUUGCGUGUCGACAUACGAAGGAUUCUGUCGGUUCGGAGUUGGAGUUACCUGUUCAGCGGAGGGUCGUUUUGUCGGUUGAUCUUACGCCUGUUGAAGAGCAUAAUUACUCGAUGCUGUUUAAGGAGUUUCUUGACGAGGCUGGGUUUAAUGAGUUGGGAGACCCGACUUCGACGCAUUGGGAUCCGGAGGUUGCUGCGAAGAAGAUGCAGGAGUGGUUGUUUCGACUGAGACAGACGUGUUGUCAUAUGCAAUUGGGUCGAGCGAAUGUGAACAGGCUUGGUGGUGGACAGUUGAGGUCGAUCAAGGAGGUUUUGGAAGUGAUGGUGGAGCAGGCGACAAGGUUGGUGGCGUCGGAUGAACUGGCACUCGUUACGGCAAAGUUCAAUAAGGGAAGGAUUCAUGAUCAUGAUAAGGAGUAUCAGGAGGCGCUUGAUAUAUGGUUUCCUGUAGUGGAGGAGGUGCGGAGGACAGUGAAGACCAUCACAGAAGAACUGGAGGAGAUGCGGAAGAAGAGGGCGACUUCUGCGAGGAUUGUCGACGCUGAUGAGGAGAUUGAAGAGGAGGACGAUCUCGAGGGCUUCGAGGCGGGUGAUAAGAUGCGAUACACCGCGUCAAAGGCUAGGCUGCGUGGGUGGUUGGAAGCUGAACACCGACUUCUGUUCUUCAUCGCUACAGCGUACUUUCAGGAGGAGAUUAAAGACGAAGAGAAAGAAUCGAAAUAUUACGAGGAAGCCAAGGUCGUACGUUCCAGGAUGUUGCAAGCCCCGGAACGCCUCGCAAAUCGCUACAUCACAGGUUUGAAACAAAAGGCUGCUGAACAGGACUUUCCCGAGAUUCCAGAGAUGUUACAGUCGCAGUUGACUGGUGGAUUCAAGUCACGUCACAUCUUCGAACGUCUGCAGGAGCUUUGCGAAGCCCUGAAUGAACAGGCAAAUGUGAUGGAUGACUGGAGGAACCGGAUGGUGGAGCUACUUACUGGCCCUCUGGUUGAUCAGGAAGACUUUCAGGAUGCGACUGGAGAGGAGUACACGAACUCGCUCGACGUCGCUGCUGAGUGUUCUUGUCUUCUCGCGGUCCUUGUCAGGUCUCUUGCGUGGCGUGUGCACUCUUUGAAUGGCUUUAUCAGUGGACCCCAGGCUGCGACAUCGAGAGAAGAGGAGGAGUCGGAGAUUAUGCAGCAGCUUAAAGCGGACGCCGAGAAAGCUCGACUGCCUCUUCAUCUGGGUUCUUUGCAAGCCAUCAGGAAUGAGUUCCGCGAGAUCGCUCGCGACAAUAUGCUUGGCGGUGGCGAGGGCCAAGGCCGCAACCUCGAACGUGAGAUCGCUGCUAAGGAGGUGACCCGUCUCCACAAGGUCAUUCAGGAUCAGCUCACUGCUUGCAAUAAGUUGGAGAACGAAUUCGUUCACUUCAACAGGGUUUACAACGCUAGGGUCGACUACUUUGCUCAGUUGCAGGUCAUUUCGGAUUCGGUUCUGUCAUAUGAACCCAACCCUGACCCGAGAAAGGAGGCGGACUCUAGGAAGAAGCUGGAUGGGACUAUCAAAAAGCUCCCGGACACCAUUGCGGCGACUCAAUCACGACAUCGUUACCUGCUGCAUCUACAAAACUCUGCAGACGAUGACUCCGAGGCUGAGAGGAUCUGUAUCAUUUGUCAAGAUUCCUUCGAGACUGGUGUCAUUACAGGAUGCGGACAUCUCUUCUGCAAGGAAUGUCUGACGCUCUGGCGAAAACAGCACGCUACUUGUCCCGCGUGCAAAACCAAGCUCUCCGUACGAGAUACGCAAAACAUCACGUACCGUACCCGGCGUGUUUCUCAAGCAUCUGCUCCUGGAUGGAUGGAAAACGAAGAGGACCAAGCUUUUGCGCAGUCGAUCUACGCAAAAGUUGAUCCAGAGAUGCUUCAGGAGAUCAAGAGUAUGAAACUUGUCAGUGAUUCAUAUGGUUCGAAGAUCGAUAUGAUCGUUCGGCAUCUGCUGUGGAUCAGGUGGAAGCAGCCGAAAAACAGCAAGAGUAUCAUCUUUUCGCAAUGGAGCGACAUGCUUGAUGUUAUUCAACGAGCACUUGAACAUAAUGACAUCAAGAACGUCCGUCUUGAUCGGAAGCCGGCGAAGGUGACGGCAGGAGAGCUUGUGCAGCGGUUCAAUGAGGAACCUGAUCUGGAGGUGUUUAUGCUUCACGCACGGAGUCAGAGCGCGGGGUUGACGUUGAAUGUUGCCAGUAAUGUCUUUCUGUGCGAGCCUUUUGUCAAUUCUGCGAUUGAGUUGCAGGCAAUCUCGCGUGUGCAUCGUAUCGGACAGACCAAGGACACAUGGGUCUGGCUCUACACAGUGCAUGGCACAGUGGAGGAGAAGAUCCUCGAUCUCUCCACAAAACGGAGACUUCAGAAUAGAGGCAAGUCUUCUGAUGCUGCCUUGGAAGAUGCGGAGAAAAGAGAAAAACAGGCGAAUUUGAAGAAGCUCGUUACUGCUGGUGGUGAAGUCGUUGCCAACAAGGAUCUUUGGAGUUGCUUCUUCGGCGGAAACGAAAUGAAGCGACGACGCACUGAUGUUGAUGAACGGGGGGAGAGGGAGGUAAAGCGUGAGCUUCGAGCAGGAGCGGCUGAAUCAAGGGCCGCUGGCGGCAUCGCGGAAUCUGACGUAUAG